AUGAAAGCAAACUUGAAGACCGACGUAGAUGAAAUGUUGGACAUGACGACCCCGUCAACUCCUAGGAACCCGUCGACUCCCCUCGCAACCCCAACAAUUACCAGAAUACCAUCUUGGAAGCAGAAGCCUCCUUCUACCCCAACCCCAAGUCGACGUCUAUCACAUUAUGCUAAGAAGGGGCGAUCUCGGCCAGAUACGCCGAAACGUACGGACAGUCAUCGAAGCCACGUAAAUGAAGAGGACCACCCCAAACAAGUCAAUGAGUCUCGUCAUAGAUCCAUUGUUCCUUCGCCGAGGAGAAGUUACUCAAACCCAUUCCAGAGAAGUCCCAGUCUUCAAUCACUGCCCUCGACGCCACAGCAACCUCCCAGUCGACCCCUGCCUCGAAACCCUGCAUCAGCGCCCGCUAAAAUUUCCACCGGACGAAACAUCUUACCCAAAGAUCUGCCGCAGAAAAUUGACGAAGAGAUUAUGAAGAAACUCAAAUCGGCCUUGGGGGCUAAGGAAAAGAAAUAUAUGAGAGAAAAUAAGAUCGGCACCGUUUACCUAUGGUCGGUGGUACCCAUGAGUGAGCCGGAUCGCACAAUCUUGAAGAUUGGCAGCACAGAGAGGUUGGAGAAGGAAAGAUUGGACGACAUCAAGUCCACGUGCAGGCAUAAGUCGAUAGAGCCGCACCUAGACCCUAAGGCUAUGCCUUUUAUUUUAUUCAGGAGGGCCGAGAAGUUAGUGCAAAUGCACUUGCAGGAUCUCAGGUACAAUUUCUCCUGCCAGUGUCCAAAGAGUCACCGAGAAUAUUUCAGUGUGGACAAAGACGCAGCGCAGAAGGUGAUCCAGUGCUGGCGGAAAUUCUGCGCGUCCAACCCAUACGAUACUAACGGCGAGUUGCUGCCGUUCUGGAAACAUCGUUUAGGGGAGCUUCAAAAUCUGCGCCAUUGGCGGGAUCGUGAACACUGGGGCCUUAACCCACUUGACGGCCGACUUAGACGGUGGGAAGUGUUUACGAACCCGUCACUGUGGGAUAAGUUCAUAUACUACGCCCCUGCUGUUGGGUUGAAAGCAUGGGAAAAGAGGCUACAUUUCAUUUCCGUCUUCGAAGCACUCAUUAUCGUUUUCUUCGCUACACCGCCACCACAGCUCUUCACAAUAUGGAUACUGAUAGUCACGACUCGCCCGUAUUGGAAAUGA